AUGCCAAUAACCCUUGAGUUGGGAAGGACACUCAACAAGACCCCAAAGGAAUUACAUGAGAAGCUGUCUACAUACUUGCUAGAGAAGAGGUAUCUUGUAGUCCUGGACGGCAUCCCGAGUCUUCAACUGUGGGAAAAGGUAAGAUCUGCUUUUCCUGAUACCUUGAACGGAAGCAGAAUAUUAAUCACGACCACUCUGAUACUUGAUGUACCUGCAAGGUUUGCUUACACUUACUCUCUCCCAUUGCUUAAUAAAGAUGAAAGCUGGGAGCUAUUCCAUAAGAAGGUGUUCCGAGGAGGAGAAAUGUCCUCCCGUGUUGGAAACUCUAGGGAAACAAAUGACAGAAUAUUGUGA